AGACCAGACCAAGGACUAAGAGAACACCGAGCUGAUCUUUAGCACUAAAGUUUCAACUUUUGGUCUCGUGACCUUCUUGCAGAGCUUAUGAACUGACGAGUUUACCGUAAAUUGUUCAGAUUGAAGUUGCUUCUAUUUUUUCAACAAAAUGACUUUUUGCAAGACGUUGUCUGUUACCCUCCUGCUGCCUCUGCUCAUAUCAACCCAGUAUCAGGGGGACAACGGAAUUGUGAUCCCAGAGCAUGGAUUUUGUCAACCGAUUACAAUCCCUCUUUGCACGGACAUAGCCUACAACCAAACUAUCAUGCCUAACUUAGUGGGCCACUACAACCAGGAGGACGCAGGGCUCGAGGUGCACCAGUUUUACCCUCUUGUUAAGGUACAGUGCUCACCGGAGUUGAAAUUCUUCCUUUGCUCCAUGUAUGCGCCUGUGUGCACAGUUCUGGAGAAAGCCAUUCCUCCCUGCAGAUCCACAUGUGAGAGAGCCAAGCAGGGCUGCGAGGCUCUCAUGAACAAGUUUGGAUUUCAAUGGCCUGACAGACUUCGCUGCGAAAAUUUCCCUGUGCUUGGGGAUGGACAUAUCUGCGUGGGCCAAAAUGAUUCCUCUGCUGCCACCGUGCCCCCCAUGGUGCCUGUGCCGGAGACACAGGAUCUCUCCAUGGUCCUCACACGUGACAGGCCUUUCCGCUGCCCCCCUGUGCUUAAGGUACCCCCAUACUUGAAUUACAGAUUCUUGGAGGAGAAGGAUUGUGCAGCUCCCUGUGAGCCAUCAAGGAGUGGUGGGAAUAUGUUUUUCAGUGAUAAAGAAAUACAGUUUUCCCGCACAUGGAUUCUGGUCUGGUCUUUGCUUUGUUGUGCAUCUACACUAUUUACAGUGACCACUUAUUUAGUCGACAUGCAGCGCUUCAGAUACCCAGAGCGGCCUAUCAUCUUCCUAUCUGGCUGCUACACUAUGGUCUCCAUAGCCUACAUAACUGGAUACUUCCUAGGAGACAAGGUGGUGUGUAACGAAAGCUUCAUUGCAGAUGGAUACAAAACAAUCGUCCAAGGCACCAAAAAGGAAGGUUGCACCAUCCUUUUUAUGAUGCUCUACUUCUUUAGUAUGGCGAGCUCCAUCUGGUGGGUCAUCCUCUCUCUCACCUGGUUCCUGGCAGCAGGUAUGAAGUGGGGCCAUGAGGCUAUCGAGGCCAACUCUCAGUAUUUUCACCUGGCAGCCUGGGCAGUCCCUGCUGUCAAGACCAUCAGCAUCCUUGCCAUUGGGCAGAUUGAGGGUGAUGUACUGAGUGGUGUGUGCUUUGUCAGUCUCAGCAACCUGGACCCCUUGCGAGGCUUCGUGUUGGCUCCUCUCUUCAUUUACCUCUUCAUUGGGACCUCUUUCCUCCUGGCUGGGUUUGUGUCGCUGUUCCGGAUCCGCACCAUUAUGAAACAUGACGGCACCAAAACGGAGAAGCUGGAGCGCCUGAUGGUGCGGAUUGGUGUGUUCAGCGUGCUCUAUACCGUCCCCGCCACCAUUGUUAUCGCCUGCUUCUUCUAUGAGCAGGCCUUCCGCCCACACUGGGAGCGUAGCUGGAUCAGCCAUAACUGCAGGAGCCUUGCCAUCCCCUGCCCUCUUCAAAGCGGGCCCCGCAUGACCCCAGACUUCACUGUGUACAUGAUCAAGUACCUGAUGACUCUGAUAGUGGGUAUCACCUCUGGUUUCUGGAUCUGGUCUGGAAAGACCCUACAAUCAUGGCAUAAGUUCUACGCAAGGUUAACAAACAGCAAACAUGGAGAGACCACAGUGUAGAAUAAUAACUGUUUAAAGGACUAGUUUGUGUAUUAUUAUCUGUUUCUAAUGUGAUAGGUAAGUAGCUGACAGCAUUUUGUAUUCUCCUCAGCUUUAUAGCCUCACAUGCAUGCCAAGCUGAGGGUCAGGCUCUGACAAAGAGCAAGCUGGAUAAACAAAGACUGAACCUGACUGUCUGAACAAAUAACAAGCAUGGCUAUGGAUGCCAUGUGCUGAAAUCCUCUCCUCCCCCUCUCUGGCUCUUUUCUUGAAGCCAGCAGAAACUCAAAAGAAGGGACGAUCAAGCAGCCAAGAACAUUAGAGAGAGUGGGCAAAUGUGCAGGGGAAGAAUGGCGGUUCAUCUCUGUAAACCUUUCUUGUAAAUAGUCCUUGUAAAAAACAUGAAAUUAUAUAUUUGUACUUAAAGAGUAAAAACUCCUUUAAUCUAUCAGUGUACCUGCUUUACUUUUGCACUUUCAUGAUGCUGCGGACAGAGAAUAUGUUCCUUUUUU